AUGGAGGUGGAGAGUGAAAAGGCGGGAUCUGAUGGAAAAGUUUGGAACUUUUGUAGAAUGCCGUUUUGGCAAACGAGUCACAAUCCUUCAUCUUCAUCAACUAAUACUACUACUUCUUCUUCUACAUCUUACAUGCAUAAUGUUCAUCACCAAAGCCAGAGUGUUCAUUCUACUGACAGAUCUAUUCCUCAAUCUUCAGCUACGGUUUCAUCUGUGGCUAAGUCUUUGCUUCCAACAAGGAGAAGGCUUCGUCUUGAUCCUCCUAACAAGCUCUACUUUCCUUAUGAACCUGGUAAGCAAGUUAGGAGUGCAAUCACAAUUAAAAACACUUGCAAGUCUCAUGUAGCUUUCAAGUUUCAAACAACUGCGCCUAAAAGUUGUUACAUGCGCCCUCCGGGCGGCAUUCUUUCACCUGGUGAAAGUAUAAUUGCCACGGUGUUCAAGUUUGUUGAACCACCAGAGAACAAUGAGAAACCAACUGAUCAAAAAAGCAAGGUUAAAUUCAAAAUCAUGAGCCUAAAAGUGCAAGGUGAAAUGGACUAUGUACCUGAACUGUUUGAAGAGCAAAGAGAUCAAGUAGCUGUAGAGCAAAUUCUUCGGGUUGUUUUUCUUGACCCUGACCGCAACAGCCCUGCCAUGGAUAAGCUUAAACGACAGUUAGCUGAGGCGGAGGCUGCAUUGGAAGCACGGAAGAAACCGCCAGAGGAGACCGGUCCACGAGUUGCUGGAGAGGGACUUGUUAUAGAUGAAUGGAAAGAAAGAAGGGAAAGAUACUUGGCGAAGCAGCAGGUUGAAGGAGUUGUUGUUGAUUCAGUGUAA